ACUAUUCGGUAUUUACACGUGUGACUUAUGUAUUUCACUUAGGAGUGCUAUAAAUGUUACUGUGAUUCUGAGGGAUUGUCCCACGGCUAUCCCUCAAGGCCAGAACCAUAGAACAGAACCAGCCCUGGACCGUCCCAAGGAGCCGCCCCGGGCUAGGCUCGCCCCUUGCCAGUGCUUGGCGAUCAGGAGCGGUCCGUCAACCUGUCACUCACAUCAAGACUCGGAAGUCCCGCCUGUCUGGAACUGAGCCAACAAGGCGGGGGUUACAGGUCAGGCAGUGACGUAACUCUCCGCUUUGGGUUAACCUCCGCGGGCGAAGUACCGAUAGCCAUUCGGGGACCACUAGCGGGCUACCCGGUCUGGCGACCUUGGAAAUGACAUGAGGUCAGUUAGCUACGUGCAGCGUGCUGUGAUGGAGUUUAGUGGGAGCCUCUUCCCGCACGCCAUCUGCCUUGGGGACGUGGAUAACGACUCGUUAAAUGAACUGGUUGUCGGAGACACCAGUGGAAAGCUCUCUGUGUAUAAAAAUGAUGACAGCCGGCCGUGGCUCACCUGCACCUGCCAGGGGAUGUUGACUUGUGUUGGAGUUGGAGAUGUGUGUAAUAAAGGAAAGAACCUGGUGGUAGCAGUGAGCGCUGAAGGCUGGUUUCAUUUGUUUGACCUGACACCUGCCAAGGUCCUGGAUGCCUCUGGACACCAUGAAACACUGGUGGGAGAGGAGCAGCGUCCAGUCUUCAAGCAGCACAUCCCAGCCAACACCAAGGUCAUGCUGAUCAGUGACAUUGACGGUGAUGGGUGUUGUGAACUGGUGGUAGGACACACAGACCGUGUGGUGCGCGCCUUCCGCUGGGAAGAACUAUCUGAGGGUACUGGACACCUGACAGGACAGCUGGUAUCCCUCAAGAAGUGGAUGCUGGAGGGCCAGGUGGACAGUCUCUCAGUGACCCCAGGACCGCUGGGUGUUCCUGAACUGAUGGUAUCUCAGCCGGGCUGUGCUUACGCAGUUCUUCUGUGCACCUGGAACAAGGACACUGGAUCAUCCCCUGCCUCUGAGGAGGACAUGGAAGGGAGUAGAGAGCCCGCAGCUGCCCGAGAUGUAGUGCUGCGCCAGACCUCCGGCCGAAUCCACAACAAGAACGUCUCUACUCACCUGAUAGGCAACAUCAAACAAGGUGAAGGUGGAGUGGGAGGGAGAGCACUGAGGAGAGGAGGAAAGAGAUCCAGUGCCUUGCCCUUGCUUCUAGAUGGUCCUUCCCUCCCUGAGGGGGCUGCCUUCAUCCUAGAGACAGGUUUUGCUUGCUCUGCCCUUCACAUUGUUCCAUCCCAACCGCAGGCCACAACCCUGAGAGUGGUAGCUCUGACCUCUUUGCCCUCUGCACCCUGGAUGGCCAUCUGUCUCCACAGGGACACUGAAGCUCAUGGAGGAAGCAGACAAGCUGCUGUGGUCAGUGCAGGUGGAUCACCAGCUGUUCGCCUUGGAGAAGUUAGAUGUCACAGCCUGUAUGCCUGCAAAGAGGGCCACAACAGCCCCUGCCUCGUGUAUGUCACCUUCAACCAGAAGAUCUACGUGUACUGGGAGGUGCAACUAGAGCGGAUGGAGUCCAGCAAUCUGCUGAAGGUGUUAGAGGCUGAACCUGAGUACCAUAGCCUGCUACAGGAGCUGGGCGUGGAUCCUGAUGACCUCUGUGCAGCUCGCACCCUGCUUCACCGGCUCCUCUACCACCCAGACCAGCCACCACAGUGUCCUUCCUCCAGCCCACAGGACCCUACCUAGCUGGGCUUGGCCUCUCAGCUGCUGAAGGAUGCUCUCAACCCUCACCUCCACCCCAGAGGUGUCCACAGUGUUGGCAGGAGAAGGAAUGUACUUACAGAGGAACUGGAGUGGAUACUUGGCAUGGGAAGGUGCUGUGACUAGGUUGACCACGAACUAGAAGCCUCUUGGUGUUUUGUUAAUCAGUGCAUAUAUGAAAUACAUAAUAGCUGCAUUCAUUUUGGGGAAAUUAGUGUAUUGUGUAUCAGUCAUUUUUAAUCCCUUAACCUACCUCCCUUACCCCACAAACUGUCUCCCAUGUUUGGGGGGAGGGGCCUGCUGAGUAGUCCACGCUGGCUUAGAACCUGGUAGGUACACCAGGCUGGUCUUGAACUCAUGAUCCUUCUGCUUUUCAGAUUAUAGACAUCUGCCCCAUAUCUGGCUCCUCUCCUCUUUUGGGUGAAGAAGAGAUAAGGUGACCCUCUGCCCAUUUCCUUAUGGACCUCAUCAGCUGGGUCGUAGGAUCCUAGCCUUGUUCUGAGUCAUUCAGGAUGCCCCUGCCUCCCUCUCUAAGCUCCCUGCUCUCACUGUAGAAAACAGACUUCUUUUUGAGAACAGACAAAUUUUUUGCAGAGCCCCAACACCCAGUAGGAGACCAGUCUCUUCCGUCCUAGGAAAGCAGUGGAGGUAGGGCCUCCUUCCCAUCCUAAACAUCACCUUUCGUGGCACAGCUCCAGGUGAUUGACAUUAGUAAUUUAUCAGAGGACUGGCAAACUAUUUUGUUUAAAAAGGUCUUCCAGGACAUCUUGCAGCCUGAUCUUACUUGUGUUCCUAGCAACCCUGAGAUGAUUUUUCUCCAUUUACUAAAGCAACGUGGUCAGUGCUUUCACAUUUUGUCAUAUUUCCCACCUUUUUCGUUCUAGUGCUGGGGAUAGAACCCAGGGCCUUGCAUGUACUAGGCAACUAUCUACCACUGAUCUGUGUCCCAGCCUUGCUGUAUCCGUAAAUGUUGUGCAGCUUGCAGGCCCUUCUCCCACAUCCCCACUGUCUUCUUUCUCCCAGAACACCUUACUGCAUUAAGACCAUAGUCAUUUACAAUUUGAUGCAGCUUUAUCCUCCAGACCAUAUCAGAAUUGUAUCAUGGAAUGUUUAUGUUCUUUCUAGUUGGUUGGUUUGUUGGCUUAUUUGCAGUUUUGGAGAUUGAACUCAGGGCCUUUGUACUGAACUACAUCCUCGGCCCUUGUUUAUAUUUUGACACAGGGUCUCACUAAAGUUCUUAAGUCCCCCCAGGCUGAGCUGACUUAGGACCCUCCUACCUCAGCUUCCAGAGUGCUACGAGUAUAAGCAUGUAUCAUCGUGCCCAGCUUCUUUGUGCUCCAAAUCAGUGUUUUUCAAGUUGUAGGUAAUAAUCCUUUAGUAGCUUGUGGCCACCAUUUUUUAAAUGAAAGUAGAAUAGAAUAAAGUAAACUGGAAGUCCAUUGAUUACAGUGUAGAUAUGGUUUUGUCACAAUUGUAUAUGUAAUAUAAAAUACAUUCCAUAUACCAUGCCCUUGGUUGUACCAACCCCAUGCAAAUGGAUCAGCCUAGAGAAAGGCCUGCAUCCACAUUUCCUUCCCAUAAGGCAAAUGAGCAGAGUCACCAUUCUGGCAGCAAGGAAGACCAGAGAGAAACACUGCCUAGAGAAGCAGCUUUUCAUUCAAAUGGAGAAGCAGCUGGCUGCCAGCCUGCAUUGGCCCUGGAAUCUAUCAUUAUAGAAGCAGAGAAGCGGGCAAAAGUCAUGGAGCAAGGCGGGAUGGGGAAUCCAGUAAGGACCUUGAGACCAGGUACCAUGAUGGAUAUCUAACCAAGCCCCUCCUUCUGAAGGCUGAGAACAGUAAGGCUAGACAUCAUGGGUGGCUCUUUGCACCCUGGGUCUUCCCUAAUGUAUCCCAGGCUCAGAUGUAGUUUCCAGCCUAAGAAUCCCAGGUGCACAGUCCUGUUAGGUACACCUUUUUCUCUGUCCCUAAUUAUUUGAGUCAGAAAGACACCCAGGGGUCUGGCUUGGCAUUUGCAUUCUCCUCUUCACAGUGAAGUUUUGACUGGCUCUGACCAGGCAGCGGAAUCAAGACAAGCUGAAGCUUGGAUAACCAAAAAGAAGAUGGCAGGUGCCUUAAGGAGGUAUACAGCUCUAGAAAUAAUGGACACUGGUUAGAUUAAAUCUGAACACUCUCUACUGUGCAGGGUUGCUUCUCCCAGAGCUCUUUUGCACACUCCACCAGAGGGGUCCAGAGAGCAGAAAAGCAAAAGGAGCCAGGGAUUU